AUGGAAAUGGAAGCGGCAAAUCGUAUUGAAAUCGACAAACAAUUAUAUCGAAAUGUUUUACGUGAAUUGAUGGAAUUGGAGAAAUUGAAACGAAACCUAGAAAUUAAUUUAGGAAAGGAGCAUUCACAGCUGUUGGCCAGAAUUUUUUGUAGCAACGAUGUGGCGACAAUUAAAAAUGAAAUUCAUAAGGAAAUGAAAACAAUCCUUAAUGAUUAUGAACAACGUUUGAUUGAUGAUAUUCUUUACGAAUGGAUGGUAAAUAUCUUUACAUGCAAAAGUCGGAAUAAGGUAUUGGAUUUACUUCAGGAAAUUUAUCACAAUGAAAACGAUCCAAAAAUUUGUGAUUUAAUUGUGAAAUUUUUACUCAACUGCUAUCAAUAUUCCCUUCAGAGGAUGAUGACAAAGGAUAAUUAUUUUCAACAAAAAUUCGCCAUGACUCUGUACGCUAUUCGGCAAGAAGAAAACUACAAAUCUCUAAAUGGCGAGCUAAAACAAAAAAUCAACGAUAUCAUACAACAGAAUUUCCCCACAAAUUUACAAUAUCUAUUAUUCCAUAGCCAUUUUUGCCUUAUGAACGACAAAUAUUCCGAAUAUAUUUAUACAACGGUAAUGCCACACACUAUAGAUCCAUCAAGUCGUCAUGUUUGGCUGUGGCACGACAAAUGGAGCAUUGACUAUAUGGGUCCGAUAAAUGCCAAAGUAACCGAAUCGAAAUCGAAUAAUAAUAAACUUUUGAUUGAGCUGAGAAGUGUAAAAUAUAAACAGCUCUAUUACAUUAUGACGGAUACAAAACUAGUAGCCAGUUGGGAAUUGCAAGCGGAACCACUAAACUAUAUCUGGAUCAUUGAGUUUGUAGAUGAUGAACGUGUGGUAUUCUAUCAAGGUGAAUAUAUAAUGUGUUCAAACGAUGAGAUGUAUGACACUGAGAGGCGUGUUGUGAAAGCAUAUUCAAAUGCUAUAUAUAAUUUUACAUCGACUGAGUGUCAGUGGUUAUUGGGUAAAUGCGAUCGGAGAACAGACAAAAAAGAAAUGGGCAAAUAA